GCUGGGCGGCUGGGUGCCCCAUGAACAGCGGGGCCCCAGAGACCCUGGCCUUGUGGAGAGUGAAAUUCUUUGGCCGGCACCGCGGGGAGGUCAACUCCUCCACCUUCUCCCCCGAUGGCCAGAUGCUGCUCACAGCCUCAGAGGAUGGCUGUGUGUACGGCUGGGAGACUCACAGCGGGCAGCUGCUGUGGAGGCUGGGUGGCCACACAGAUGGGCAAAUUGGGAUGGAGCGUUCCCAGCUGGGAGCCCAGCCCCAGCCAAGGCAUGGAAACCCAGGCAUUUGCAGGCCCGGUGAAGUUCUGCCGCUUCUCCCCGGAUGGCCGCCUCUUUGCCAGCACCUCUUGUGACUGCACAAUCCGCCUGUGGGAUGUAGCAGGAGCCAAGUGUCUGCGGGUCUUGAAGGGUCACCAACGGAGUGUGGAGACAGUCAGCUUCAGCCCUGACUCGAGGCAGCUAGCUUCGGGUGGCUGGGACAAGCAUGUGAUGCUCUGGGAGGUGCAGUCCGGCCAGAUGCUGCGCCUCUUAGCUGGGCACCGUGACUCCGUCCAGAGCAGUGACUUCUCACCCAGCAGGGACUGCCUGGCCACCGGCUCCUGGGACUCCACCAUACGCAUCUGGGACCUGCGGGCAGGUACCCCAGCAGUCUUCCACCAAGAACUAGAGGGCCACAGUGGCAACAUCAGCUGCCUGUGCUACUCAGCAUCGGGCCUCCUGGCAUCUGGCUCCUGGGACAAGACCAUCCACAUCUGGAAGCCCAUGACUAGCAGCCUCCUUGUCCAACUCAAAGGCCACAUCACCUGGGUGAAGAGCAUAGCCUUCUCCCCAGACGAGCAGCGGCUGGCCAGUGGUGGCUACUCCCACAUGGUCAAAGUCUGGGAUUGCAACACAGGAAAGUGUCUUGAGACCUUGAAGCUUCUGGCAGGGAGUCCUGGAUGUGGCCCACGCCUGUGCCUUCACCCCAGACGGGAGACUCUUAGUGUCUGGAGCUGCUGAUUAGACCAGAUGUCAAGACCCUGCAUGGACAAAUCACCCAGCACCCUUCAAAUGUACCAGACAGCCCUGACCUACCAGGGCUACACAGGUGCAACCGUAACAGUGUCCAACAGGUCCCUGUGGCCAAGGCUAUCAAGGCCCCAGACCAGAGUAGCAAACACCUUGGGCAGGAGGCUUGCUGGAAACCAUCUGACACCUGGUAGCCAUAAACCAGGGUCCUGCCAGCCUCAGCCCCCAAUCCCCUCUCCAGCCGGGUCAGUAAAAAUACCAAGCAAUGUCA